CACAGCCAUGCAGGAAUUCGAAAACAGGACUCGUGAGUCCUGGUUCAUCAUUCGAUUCACUGCUCCUCACUGGCUACCGCUUAGCUCUUAAUUAUUGGCCAUUCAUUGCAGCGAGUUACGCAAUUCGACUUCUUGUUGUUGUCAGUAUAAAAUACGCAAGGAGCAGGUGUUUUGUAAAGCCAACAGCUCUGGAUUGCAGAAAUGAAGAUGCAAAUGGCAUGGGUGCAGUCAGUUUCGGCCCUGGAAACGAGCUGGGGUGGUAAUGGGUGAUAAGAGUUCACGCCCUCUUCCCUGGGAUCCCUGAUUCUUAAGCCACUAAGCACACACCCCCGGUUCUCCUUGGCAGAACCGGCCUGCAAGAAAUCCAUGUGACAUCACAAUCGCCAAAGUCAGGUUGCCUCAACCAAGCCGACGGAAGGAGGGCGUUUGGACCCAUCAGCCGGUCAGUUCCCGGGAACAUCAGGCAAAAGGGGGUUCCUCAAAACGCUUGUAGGUCUCCUGAGCAGAGACUUAAAAGUUCUCUUUAAGAUAAAAUGGGCCUUGGUAUGGCUGUUUCCCCCAGUUUCAGAGAAGGGCCCUCCUCAUGACAGUCCCAUUCGAGAAUUCUUGUCUCCCUUCUGCACUUUAUGGCUCAAAAUGAACCUUCCCCUCCCUCCCCCACUUUGGCUUGUGGCCGGACAUCACCAGAAACCCGGCCAUGGACGACCCUUUCACUCUUCCCACUUUGUCUCUCUUUGAUUCGGUUCAGGCGAUCCACUGCUCCCCAUGUCUCAAGACGGAGAGAAAGAGGAAGGGCGAGAAUCGGAGGAGCUGGAAGAGGAGGAGAAAGAGCCCCUGCCGGAUGCCGAGACCUCGGGCUCUCGCCCCUCGGCCUGUACUUCUCCCGUCCCAAAGAUGAUGGAGCAGGGCGGGAGGAGGGAGAGCUGGCUUUGGGGUCUGCUGUCUUUCCCCCUUCUCUCGGGGAGGCUCGGAGAGAGGAGAAAAACUCUGCAGGAGCCUUUAUGUUGCCGGCUGGAGAGAAACUCAUCUUCCGACAGUGGGAUGUGUCCAGAGUGCGAAAUUAUUUUCUGCAGGAAGUGUGAGAAGUUACAUUACAGCCCUGUCUUCAUUGAACAUGGGCUCCUGGGCCACAGCCCGAGAAACCUGCCUGGGGAUUUGAGCCCUGCGCCGAACACAGAUUCCAUGGAUUUGGUUCAAGCCCCUGAGGAGACCGAAGAAAAGGAAAUAAAGGACCAGUGA